CAUUGCAUGAAAAAAGAUGCUCUGAAAAUAAAAAUAUCCCAAACUUCCUUUAUCUAUCUUUUUCUUCUUCUUCUUCUUCUUCUUCAGUUUCACCACAACAAUGGCGUCUCUUUCUCUCAGAUGCUAUCAUCUUCAUCUUCCUCACUCUAUCAACAACAACAACAGCACUUCUAUCAGUUCAUCUUCAUCCAAAUCCACAAUUCGUUUCAGAUAUCCAAACCCUAACCGUCGGCGUUUCGCUAUCUCUUCUUCUCCAGAUGAUGCUGCUGCUUCCGGUUCCGUUUCCUCCGGCGAUAACGCCUCCAGCAACUUUUGUAUUAUUGAAGGACCAGAGACCGUUCAGGAUUUUGUCAAGCUGCAGACAAAUGAAAUCCAAGAUAACAUAAGGAGUAGACGUAAUAAAAUCUUCCUCCUCAUGGAAGAGGUGAGGAGGUUAAGAGUGCAACAACGGUUAAAAAACAUUAAACGCUAUGAGGGCAGCUCUGAGGAUAAUGAGAUGCCUGAUAUUCCAUCUUCAAUUCCCUUUCUACCUUCAGUGACGCCAAAGACAUUGAAGCAGCUCUAUUUGACAAGUUUUUCAUUUAUAUCAGGAAUUAUCGUCUUUGGUGGCCUUCUUGCACCAGUCCUGGAGCUAAAACUUGGAGUGGGUGGUACCUCUUAUAAAGAUUUUAUAACCAAUAUGCAUCUGCCUUUGCAACUGAGUCAGGUGGAUCCAAUAGUGGCCUCCUUUUCGGGUGGAGCAGUGGGUGUAAUCUCAACUCUCAUGUUGCUUGAAGCGAAUAACGUCAUGCAACAAGAGAAGAAAAGGUGUAGAUACUGUCACGGAACCGGGUACUUGGCAUGUGCGCGUUGUUCUUCUAGUGGCGUGUGCGUAAACGUAGAGCCGAUUUCUGUAACUAAUGCUUCUGAUAGUCCAUUACGCGCUCCGACUACCCGAAGGUGUCUUAACUGUUCUGGGGCAGGAAAGGUAAUGUGCCCUACGUGUCUUUGCACGGGAAUGGUAAUGGCAAGUGAGCAUGAUCAUCGAAUAGACCCGUUUGACUAAGUUACUGCCUCAAACCAAUGCAGCUCGGUUGUGGGAAAAUGAUGUUCUAUCGGGCUAAUAAGCAUAAAGAGAGGUUAUAUUGUGUAUUUCUGUGAUAAUUUCGAAAGUUAAUGAUGUAAAUGUUGGUGAACAUUGAUGUUUGCAUCAAUUUCUAUUGGUAAACUGAGGUUUAUAGUAAAACAAAGAUGCAUUUUAAGUUA